AAAAGUUAUGUCACAAGUGAUGGACGAAUUGUGUCAAAUUUGAAGGCUCUAGGCAAGUCUAAACUAAUAAAUAAACAAAAAAAGAAGUAGAACCUUUUCAGCGUAUUCGAUUAAUUUUCAUAAGAAAAAAAAUUAUGUCGAACAGAAUGCUUUGGGGAGAAUUUGAAGAGCCUGAACCGGAUGAAACGGUUUUGCAAAGUGUAAACUUCAAUCCAAUCAUAGAACUAGGCAUGCAAAAUAUACCCGAAAUACCAAUAACUGUAAAAUCAUCGCCGAUUGAAUUACCAAAGCAAAAUUUAAUUACACAUACCAUUCAACUGCACGCUUACGCAAGACAAUUGGCUGCUAUACUAGAACAAACUGAAAAUGCGGUGUUUGAAGGAGCACGACUGGAUGCUUUAAGUUUGCCUAAUCCUCCUCCUGAACCCGACGUGAAAGUUAAGCAUGUAUCUGUACCUCCUAUUAAUUUCCUUCCAAAAGAGUAUUGUGAUUUUUCACUCGGCAAAGGUCCGGUUAUAUUACCAUUUACUCCUGAAAGUCACAAGAGGGCCCUACGACAAUGUGCAGCUAUAGGCAUUGGACACGUUGGUAUCGCUACAUGUACAAAUACGGCACUAAAUGCAGUUGCAGAUGCUUUAGAUUUCUAUUUGACUAACAUGUGUAAGCUAAUGCGCACUGUAGCUGAUAGGGAAGCAAGUGGGUUAAAAUCAGGUUUUCCAGAUAUCAUAUCAAAAGUUUUAACAGAUUUAAAUGUAGGCAAUUUACAUGAAUUUUAUGAGAAUCGUGUUAUUCGUUAUCACAGUAAAAUUAAAGCAAAAUGUGAAGAUUUAAGAGCCCAAUGUGAAGCCUUAGCCAUUGGUGAUAUAGCUCCACAACUGAAGCUCGAAGAAGUGCCUGAAUUACAUUUUCCUGCUGCUUUGGACAGUGCAUUCACACCAUCACUAGAACCUGGCUUUCAGAUGUUACAUAGCUUAGAACAAGAGCAAUUGCAAGGAUUAGACUUGUUGGACACUGUAUCAACAGAUGACAUAAAAGUAGAAACAUUAGAAUUUUCACAACCUGAAUCAGCUAAAAUGCCCUCGCUCUCCCCUAAUGCUAAGAAAAAGAGGAAAUAGAUGAACAUGAUUGUUACA